AUGGAGGCGAACCAGACUCUGGUGACUGAGUUUUUCCUCAAAGGAGUAACGGAGCGUCCAGAGCUGCGAGUUCCUCUGUUCCUGGUCUUCUUCUUCAUUUAUGUCAUCACCAUGGUGGGCAACCUAGGAUUGAUGUUGCUCAUCUGGAAGGACUCCCAUCUCCACACACCCAUGUACUAUUUCCUUGGGAGUCUGGCCUUUGCAGAUGCCUGCACCUCAUCUUCUGUGACCCCCAAAAUGCUUAUGAAUCUUUUAACAAGGAAUCACAUGAUCUCCAGGUUGGAGUGUUUCUUUCAAUAUUACUUUUUUUGUUACAGUGCAACCUCAGAGGUAUUACUCCUGAUGAUGAUGGCCUAUGACCGGUAUGUGGCCAUCUGUAACCCUUUGCUCUACCUAGUGGUGAUGUCCAACAGACGCUGCACCUGGAUGAUCAGUGUAUGCUAUGCCAUUGGUUUCCUGCACCCUUUAAUUCAUGUUGGAUUAUUAUUCAGACUAACUUUCUGCAAGUCCAAUGUAAUAGACCAUUUUUACUGUGAAAUCUUGCCACUGUAUACAAUUUCUUGCACUGAUCCAUCUAUUAAUGCGCUAGUAAUUUUUGUAUUUGCCACUGUUAUACAAGAAAUUUCUUUCAUUAGUAUCAUUAUCUCUUAUACACGUGUCCUGUUUGCCAUCCUGAAAAAGAGAUCUGAGAGUGGCAGAAGCAAAGCCUUCUCCACAUGCAGUGCCCACCUGCUGUCUGUGACUUUGUUCUUUGGCACUCUCUUCUUCAUGUAUGUGCGCCCUGGGACUGGCCCUGAUAAGUAUCAGGAUAAAAUGUACUCUCUGUUCUACACUAUCAUAAUCCCUCUGCUGAAUCCUUUUAUUUACAGUUUAAGAAACAAAGAAGUUUUAGGUGCACUCAGUAAAGUAAUGAAAUAA